AUGAAGUUAUACUCAAGAACAGUUUAUGAUUCACGUGGUAAUCCCACUGUAGAAGUUAAUCUUACAACAGAUAAGGGGAAGUUUAGAGCAAUUGUGCCAUCCGGAGCCUCCACUGGUUCCUUAGAGGCAAUAGAAUUGAGGGAUGGUGAUAAGUCUUUGUGGGGAGGCAAAGGUGUGACGAAAGCCGUAUCAAAUGUUAAUGAUAUAAUUGCACCAGCUCUCGUUAAAUCAAAUCUUGAUUUCAAAGAUCAGAAAUCUGUAGAUGACUUUUUGUUAAAAUUGGAUGGUACCUAUAACAAAAGUAAAUUGGGUGCAAAUGCCAUCUUAGGAGUUUCCUUGGCUGCCUCGAAAGCAGGUGCUGCAGAAAGAGGAGUGGAAUUAUUUGAACAUAUUGCUCAUAUUGCAGGAAUGGACAGAUCAAAAUAUGUAAUUCCUACUCCUUUUUUCAAUUCCUUGAAUGGUGGUGUUCAUUCUGGUGGUGCUUUGGCUUUUCAAGAGUUCAUGAUCGUGCCUACAAGUGCAAAAACAUUCUCAGAAGCUGUCAGAGUUGCUAGUGAGGUUUAUCACACCUUAAAAAAUUUGGCAAAAGAGAAAUUUGGCCCAUCUGCUGGUAACGUGGGUGAUGAGGGAGGCGUUGUUCCUGAUAUUGAUACACCUCAACAAGCAUUGGAUUUAAUUACUUUAGCAAUCAAUCGUGCUGGUUACGAGGGCAAGGUUCACAUUGCUUUGGAUCCCGCAUCCUCCGAGUUUUACAAGGAUGGAAAAUACGAUUUGGACUUUAAAAAUCUGAAGUCUGAUCCAAAAGAUUGGUUAUCUGGAGAACAAUUGGCUCACUUAUACUCUGAAUUAAUUGACAAAUAUCCUAUAAUUUCUUUGGAGGAUCCGUUUUCAGAGAAAGAUUGGGAAUCCUGGGAGAAGUACUACCCUUUGUUAUCCUCUAAGGUUCAAAUCAUUGGUGAUGAUAUUACCGUUACCAAUCCAAAAAUCAUCCAAAAGGGUAUUGAAAAGAAAAUUGCUAACUGCUUACUUUUGAAGGUUAAUCAAAUUGGUACUCUUAGCGAGGCUAUCGAAGCUGCAAAAUUGUGUUAUGCUUCCGGUUGGGCGGUUCAAGUAUCUCACAGAUCGGGUGAAACUGAAGAUACAACAAUUGCAGAUAUUGCAGUUGGAUUAGGUACCUCCCAGAUAAAGUCUGGUGCUACUGCGAGGUCAGAGAGAUUGGCAAAGUACAACCAGCUUCUUAGAAUUGAAGAUGAUUUAGGGAGAAACGCUACCUUCGCGGGUGACCAGUUUCACCAAUUAUCUGGCAAAGUAUGA